GACAGAAGAAGAAGCGGCAGAAGAAGAAGAAGGAAAAAAAGAAGAAAGAGAAGAAGAAGCAGCAGUAGUUUCUUUGUGUGGAGCAGCUAACAGCUAACACGCAGCAGUAGCAGCUAAUUUGUCGUUUUAAAAACCGGUUUGUUAGCUUAGCAUUAGCACAACAUCCUUGAUCGGAUUGAGCAGACCUUGUGAUACCGGUCGGUCACCUGUUCGGCGCAGUUACAGCUGGUUUCCUGAGUCGUCUCCAUGGCAUUAAGACGAGGAUCACACAUCAGAUACUUGAAGGUGUGUGAGGUUCAGUCUCAGAGUGAUCUCAGAGACGGUCAGCACAUCUCUAAAGGAGCUGCUGGAAAGGAGCUGUAUGAUAACGGUUAUGGCGAGCAGAUGAUGGAGGACGAAGACGCCAGAACCAACCUCAUUGUCAACUACCUGCCCCAGAGCAUGAGUCAGGACGAGCUGCGCAGCCUGUUCAGCAGCGUGGGCGACGUCGAGUCCGCCAAACUCAUCCGGGACAAAGUAGCAGGCCACAGUUUAGGUUACGGAUUUGUUAACUUUGUUAACCCUAGUGAUGCAGAGAGGGCUAUCAGUACCCUCAAUGGCCUGAGGCUACAGUCUAAAACUAUCAAGGUCUCGUUUGCACGGCCGAGUUCGGACAUGAUUAAAGACGCCAACCUGUACAUCAGCGGGCUGCCGAGGACGCUGAGUCAGCAGGACCUGGAAGACAUGUUCACCCGCUUCGGACACAUCAUCAACUCCAGAGUGCUGGUGGACCAGGCAUCAGGUCUGUCCCGGGGCGUGGCCUUCAUCCGCUUCGACAAGAGAUCCGAGGCCGAAGACGCCGUCAAACACCUGAACGGCCAUACGCCCCCCGGCAGCUCCGAGCCAAUCACAGUCAAGUUCGCUGCCAACCCCAACCAGGGCAGGAACUCUCAGAUGAUGUCACAGAUGUACCACGGCCAAUCACGGCGCUUUGGAGGACCGGUCCACCACCAGGCUCAGAGGUUCAGGUUUUCUCCAAUGAGUGUCGACCACAUGGGCGGAGGGGGCGGAGUCUCGAACAACUCGUCGGCCGGUUGGUGCAUCUUCAUCUAUAACCUGGGUCAGGACGCUGACGAGGCCAUCCUGUGGCAGAUGUUCGGGCCGUUCGGCGCGGUCGUCAAUGUGAAGGUGAUCCGAGACUUCAACACAAACAAGUGCAAAGGCUUCGGCUUCGUCACCAUGACGAACUACGAGGAGGCCGCCAUGGCGAUCCACAACCUGAACGGGUACCGGCUGGGAGACAAAGUCCUGCAGGUGUCCUUCAAAACCAGUAAGGGACACAAGUAGAGUGGGACAGGGGGGGUUCUCUUAAAAAAAAAAAAAAGCAACUCAGUUGUUUUUUUCCUGUAAGUUGAGCUGAAAACUUUUCAGCUAUUUUUUGUUGAUGUGAAUAUUUUUUUUGUUCCCAGCAUGCCCAGUUUCUUUCAGGCUGUUUGACAUCUGAUUAUUGUGAAUAUUGAUGUGAGAUGGUGGCCUGUGGCCUGCAGGGUGAUAGAAUGUGUUUUUGUUUUAAUAUUCCCUCUGUCAGCAGAGGAGUCACACCCACUUUGUUGUUUCUGAAGGAACAAACAGAUUUUAGUUUAUAUUUUUACAAAAAACUAAAACCAUUCUCAUGUGUCGUGAUCUCUUUUUUCUGUUUUCACUUUUUCAGCUGCGGCUCCGUUGUGAUGUUGAACUGUUUAUCCAAUAAUAAAUCUGCUGAUGUUAAACUUUA